AUGGACGCAUCAAAAAGUUUGUCUCGUCAUCAUUAUGCUGUUAAUAAUGUCAAUAAAGUUUUCUCUAUUAUGCUUGUUAUUAAUUCUGGUAUUGAUUCUCUUGAUUUUGGCGAUAACAUCCAUUUUAAAUUCUCAUGUACACAUGAGUUUAUUAUUCAUGUGCUGAUGCCCUUAAUCCAAGCUACUUUAUCGUUUGUUGUGGAACUACGAGAUUUUCAUAAUAUUGAUCUGUACCAUCGUGGCUAUUACCAAGUUCGUACUCACUUAAAAACAGGUGUGCAAACCACAGGGACUACUGGAUCUAACAAUGGUAAAUCACUUGCCUUUGUUGAACCGCCAUCCCGUUGGGAACGAGCUAGUACACGACUCAAAGUGCCAGAAGCUGUAAAAGCCAGUUAUAUCGAGCCGAGUGUUUCUGUUCCAGCUUACACACCAGACAAAGCAUGUAGCAAAACAUUGUUGAUCAUGUAUCGAGAUGAAUCGGCAAGGUUAUGUGAUGUGUUUGAACAGAGGGUAUUGGUUCAAGUUGAUCCGAUCAAUUUAGAGGAGUCUUUAGUAAAAAACGAUCUUUUCCUAUGCGUUGAGCUAUGGUUUGUCGAAGACCCGCUUGACAGACCCUUUGCUCCUGAAUUUCUGACUAAGGUAUGUGAGCGUCAACUACGUAUUCAUUUAACACCAUCUCGUGGACUUCACUAUCAUUUCACCGUAUUCUUCGAUUAUUUUCAUUUAUGUGCUAUUGAAUUGGCACUUUAUGGAGCAUUAACAAACAUCACUUCAAGUAUUAUUAGUUGGCCAAAAUUUUCACCACAUAGUACACCAUUACAAACAAACAACCAAAUAAUUAGUUUAGCUCAACAAACAUGGCAUGGUAUCAUUUGCAGUAUCAAACAGCCCAACAGACGUCAUUUUGCACUUGCUAUUCAUCGACAUCUCUGUCAAAUAUUAUUAGCGGCAAGAGAAUCCAUGUUAUUAUUUUGGCGUGAAAGUCUUCCGUAUUUACCUUCGAAUAUGAGACCACGUAUUGAACCUGUUGACUUUCAAAGUAAAUUGGAUUCACUUGUACAAAUAGCUCAAAGCCUAGAAACAGAUGAUGAUUUAGCGAAUCAAAUUUCAUUUGAUAUUGCUCGUCUCUCGUCUCAAAAUACUGUUCUAUUUAAACAACUAUGUAAAUCUGUCACCUUACAAUCCAAGUUGGCUGCUUUUUUACGUCGAAGGUUUCAUCAAAUUCGUAUGAAACGAUUGGCUGAGGCAUUUUUCUGUCAAGAGUUAUCACUUGUCAAUUUACUAGCUAUUUAUGACUCAAGUGUUGUAGGACAUGAAUCACUUGCUAAUGAUGUUCGCCAAUCAGUUUAUUUCCAAAAACUUCCAACUUUACCAGUUACCUGUCGUGAGUUAGACGGUGAUGUUACUAAUCUACCGAUUAUCUUCGAAGAUAUCUUUUUACCACAUAAUAAUAAUAACAAUAAUAAUAAUAAGACAAAAUCACUGAAUUUAUCUCAACCAAUUAAUGGUAGUAAUAAUAAUGCAAUAUAUACAACCAAUCCACCAAAAACAAAAUAUACUUCAAUGGAGUUAUUGUCAACUCAUAAAUCCCCAUCUACCAUUGAUGAUGAUGCAUUUACACCAAUAAAAACUCGUUCAGAUGAUAAUGAGUCCGGUAUUUAUAUGGAAGAAGAUGUAGUGGGAGUAGGAGUAUUAUCAAAGACUGCAACUAGAAAUAAGUCAACUGAUUUAUCUAGAUGUGACACAAUACCAGUUAAUAAAAAAGAAUCUACACCUAUAUCAAACUAUAUAUAUCCAUCAAGUGUACCCAAUCCUCUUUCAAACUAUCAACUUCAAAAUUUUUCUCAUUCAAGUCCUAAUCUCUUAUCAUCAUCACCAUCAUUACAACAAAUUCAUGUAAAAACUAGACCAAUUUUUAAACCAUUUCUUACUACAGUUAACAAUAUGACAACCCAACAAUCUAAACGCAAAUUUCACUUACCUAGUAACCAUAGUCGGAAAUUUCAUUAUUUUGACAAGUCACGUGAAUCUAAUGUUCUAUCACAUUUAAAUAGUAAUGACUCAAAAGUUAAAUUAGUUGGUUACCGUUCUAUUCAACCAGCAGAGAACGACGAUAUAAGGAAUCAAUAUUCUGGCUUAUCUGAUAAUCGACAUAGAUUGACUGAAUCCUCUUUCAAUAUUUAUUCCGAUAUAAAUCAUUGUUCAUAUUCUUCUACUGGCCUACGUCCUAUCGGUGGUCUGGCUAUUCGAGACAUGCGUUCUCGUUCCCUUUACAAUUUAUCACUGAAAUCACCUCAAGUAAAAUGUACUAAUUUAGAAACGAUCAAUAUAAAUAAUAAUUCAUCAAAAUCCACAUCUUUAUCUAUGUUGAAUAUUUCAAGUGAACUGAACGAUACACUAUUGUUUCAAUGUUCACCAAAAAAUAAAGACAGCAAAAUUUUGAAUUCAAAUUCAUUAACGUCACCAAAUUACAUCAAUUCAAAGUUGUCCAAUCAUAAUAAAUCUCAUGAAGUUAUUGCAUUAGGUACUUUAAAAAUACCUCCAAUAAAACCACCCGGUGGAUGUGUACCAUCUGAACACAUAUCUAAAGAAACAGAUUCCCUAUUGCCAUGUAAUCAUCUCUACAAAACUAAUAUUGGCAGCAGUUCUAUUUCCCUACCGAAUAUUCCACUUUCAUGUAUGAUUCCAAGAGUAGUUUCAGAAGGAUGUCUUACAAAUAUUUCAUCAGUAGAUCAUUUUUCCUGGAGUAAAUCUCGAAGGCGGGUAAAAGUUCGAAAUCUCAAAAGAAAUCAUAUGUUUGCUGCUAGAAAAUUGCACUGUAAUCAAUUAAAAACUUAUACUGCAGAUUUAGCCUAUUUAAGCAGUUGUUCAGAUUUACACCUUAGUAUUUUAGAAAAUGAAUUUAAAACAAUAAAUUAUCACCCAUUGUCAAUAAAUGAUUCUUUUACAAUGAUUUCAAAUGCAUCUAUUCCUUAUUCUUCGUUUGAAUCAAAAAAACGUCUAACUAAAUCAAGUACCAUUUUAUCAACUAAGGAUGAAUUCAUUUUGGAUAUACCAUCUUCAUUGACACCAUCAUUUUCUAAUAUUGAUUUAGUGGAUGGUAUGCAACAACAGAGUAUGAACGGUUAUAGUUUUCUAUCGCAUUGUUGGCCUAAUCAACGGAAUACUACUGGUUGUCGUAAUCACUAUAGGCAACAAGCAAAUAGUUUAAAAACGUCUAAAGAUCAUUUAGUGAGUGUAACUUAUACCGAUAGUAAUGAUAAGAAGCGGUCCACUAUCACUACUCACAAUAAUAAUAACAGUAAUAAUAAUUAUAAUAAUAGUGAUAAAUAUCAACGACCGAAAUCGCUAACUAUUGGAAGCAAUCAAGCGAAUAGAUUAAAUCAACAAAUUAUUACUGAAUUACGUGACUUUUCCACAUCUUGUCAGUAUGAUCAAGAAAGAAAAGUAAAUCAUCUGAAUGGCCCUUUUGCUACAACUGAAGCAACUAUUGACAACUGUAAUAAUAAACAACGUUUAUCUAGUAAUUCCGAUUCUUCGCAUUCAUCAUUACAUUGUAAUAAAUGUUUACCAUUAUUACCUACAGAAUUAUUAUCAUCGGAACAUGAUAACCGAUUGAAAGAAUGCGGUUAUCAGGUUUCCAAUUUAUUAAGUAGUGAUGAAGAAUUAUCAAAUAAAAAUUCACCGAAACUUAGUGUUCUAGAAAUGUUGAACACCAUCGAUUUGGACAGUUGUGGUGACAUACUUCCGAAAAAAGCUACAACCACUAACUAUGCUACUUCUAAGAGUUGCGAACUUUCAACACAUUCACUUACUAAUCAAAAACGAAUUAAAAAAACAAAUUCUUUAACUUUUACAUCUUCGUUAUCAUCCAAAGAACAAAAUGAUAAUUAUCGAAAUACAUUAAAUGGUAUCCAUUUAGAUAUUAAAAAAUCUCACUCACUUGUUGAUAUAUUAUCACCUGGUGUAAUGGAAUUUUUACGUUUUAAAGAACUUGUUAAACGACAAAUUGCACCACAUUUUCAAGGUUAUGUUUAUAGUGAUUUUGUUAAACUCGCUGCACCAUAUCCAUAUUUUUCAGAAGCACCUGUAUUCAGUGGUGAUGUACAUCUUAUAAUUUGUGUUCAUGGUCUAGACGGUAACUCAUGUGAUUUGCGUCUUGUACGCGUUUAUCUUCAACUAGCUUUACCAGAUUGCAACUUACAUUUCCUUAUGUCAGAGUGUAAUCAGGACGAUACAUUCGGUGGUUUCGAUAUGAUGAGUGAGAAAUUAGUUAAUGAAAUUGUAAAUUAUAUCGAUGAAAUGGAUGAAAAACCAAAACGAAUUAGUUUUAUUGGACAUAGUAUGGGUUGUAUUAUAAUACGUGCAGCAUUGUUGAAUUCACGAAUGGAACCAUAUUUAUCUAAAUUGCACACAUUCCUGUCUUUAAGUGGUCCGCAUUUAGGCACAGUAUACAAUUCAUCUGGUCUCAUUAAUAUGGGCAUAUGGGUUAUGCAAAAAAUUAAAAAAUCUGAAAGUCUUUCACAAUUAAGACUGCGAGAUGAUCCAGAUUUACGUAAUACGUAUUUAUAUCGUUUAAGUACUAAUCCUGGCUUGGACCUAUUUCGUUAUGUUCUGUUGGUUGGAAGUCCACAAGAUCGUUAUGUACCGUAUCAUUCAACACGAAUUGAAUUGUGUAAAGCUGCAAUUAAAGAUUCUUCUACUCUUGGAAUUAUUUAUAUGGAAAUGGUUACAAAUUUAUUACAACGUUUUAUCCAAUCAACCCGUACCACUGUAGUACGUUAUGAUGUACAUUAUAAUCUAACAAAUUCAGCAAAUACACUAAUUGGUCGUGCUGCUCAUAUCGCUGUGUUAGAUUCUGAAAUAUUUUUAGAGAAAUUUAUUUGUGUUUCGGGUGCUAAAUAUUUCCGGUGA